CCGUUCACAUGAAAAACACGGAAACGUUCAACACGCGCUGAACUCCGCGUUGAAAACAGUUGGAGUAUAUAGCAGAGACGGAACGCGUCUUCAUAACGCAACGCGGCGGUGGGGGUUGUGUCUUUAUUGUUUAAUCUGCACUUAUUGACGCAUGUGAGGUUUAUUUAGAGGUGCCCUACCUAGGAAGCAUUUUAGGCAUUUCACGUUUCGAAGGCGCAAAACGAGCGUGACGCCUAAAAAAGUGGCUGCCCAAAAUGUGCCGCUGCCUAGCUAGGCAGCUCACUAGAUUUUGGCAUACAUCCCGUGUUUACCUGUGUCGUUUAUCUAUUCUACAUUCGAAAAUAUGGAUUUCUCUAUACAUAUUUAAUAUUUAUUUAAUUCUUUGUAUGCGAGGGGUGAAUUUUGACCUCGUUUAAAUCGUUUUAUUUCUAAAGAUUUAAUCCGUCUAAUUCAGUCUUUUUAUCUUGCGGUGUAAGAAAAUAUUAGAGCGGUUCUCGCGCAUACAUUGCGUUUAUUAGAACGCGGAGUAUUUUACACCUGAGCGCGAGACUCACAGGUGAAAUAUGCGCUCGAGUGUGUCGCGCUGAUUGGAUGAGAGUCCCGCCGGUUUGCUUUAUCGAUUUACGGUGACGCACGGAGGAGCCCGAUAAAUCAUCCUGCCGUCCCGGCCGAGAGAGAGAGAGAAAGAGAGAGAGAGUGAGAGAGAGAGAGAGAGAGAGAGAGAGAGGGUUCGUGUUGUGUUCUUGACUAAGUUUGUGGUUCUGUUACAGCACCCCUCGGUAACCCGGACUGAAGCGAAAGAACCGAACAGAACCGGACCUGCCCCGGGACAAUAUUAUUUGAUCGGGUCUUUGGCCCUCCGCGGCCCCUCUCGUCCCCUGCCCAGCUCAGUCUCUCUCUGGACGACCGUGGCAUCGAUCAUUCCCUUAUAAUCCCAUUUUCCUCCAAAAAGUGCUCCGGGAGCAUGAUACUGUUGGUCUUCAGACUUCUCUGUCUUUGCAUUUUGUUGAUGGGCGGCUUUUCAGCGUCUGUAACUCAGGCCACCCUCCAGUCAGAUGUGCAGUGUUAUGACUGGGGCGUGUGGAGUGAGGGAUCGGUGCGUGUGUAUGAUGGAGAGGUGGCGUGGCUGUACUGUCCUCUCUUCUCUCAUCCGACGCUCUACAUCUACAGUCAGAUUCAGAACAGCAGUCUGUCACUGUUGUGGUACAGACACACACACACACACGAGCUGGAGCAGCCCAUCAACCUCAAACUACACACACUGCACAAAGACCGAGAAUAUCUGUGGAUUCAACCGGCCACAGAGCAGGAUGCUGGACUGUACAUCUGUAUGCUCCGCAACAUUUCAUCGUGUGUAAAGAUCGGUGUGGAGUUGGAGGUGAUUCAUCGGGAUGGAGAGUGUGACUUUAGAGCUCGACCACACCUGAACAUAUCUAUACCGUUCCAAAGUGAACGCACCCUCACCUGUCCUGAUCUGCACACACUCACACUGCCCAACAGCACACACUCCGUCACCUGGUACCAUUGGUGCAGGACUGAUGGCUUUUGGUUUACAAUGGACAGAGAGCUGAAAGGUGAUGAUGUCGUGAUCUACAGGAUGUUGGAUCCCUACGCUGGUGUCUACACAUGUGUGGUUUCAUACCAGAUGAACGGACGCAUGCUCAAUUUCACACGCACACUAAACGUCACAGCUGUUGUUGCUGAUAUUGGCAAUAAAGAGCCCCUUAUUUUGAAUCCUGCUAAAGAUCAGAUCUACUCCGUCACUCUGGGUGGAAGGGCGGAACUGUCCUGUCGAGUAAAGCUGCCUUACCUAAAUGACGAAAAGCAAGAGAUUUGGUGGACUAUUGAUAACAAAACUGUGGAACAACUCGCCGACUCACGAUUCACCUCACCGGAGGCUGAGUUUGUGUCUGGAUAUUAUGGUGAUCAGAUAAAAGAGAGGUUCCUGUACGUGAUGGAUUUCUCAGCUGAUGACCUGCAGAGAGAGUUUCAAUGCUCCGCCAGAAACAGUCGCGGCUUCAACACCAGUAGAGCUGUACUCAAAGCAGAACUGUAUGUCCCCACUCUGGAGUUGGGUUGUGGGUUAGGUGUGACUCUUGCCCUCAUGUUGAUGAUGUUUGUCAUCUAUCACGUGUUCUGGCUUGAACUUCUGCUGCUGUACCGCUCCUGGUUUGGAUCUGAUGAGAGCUACACAGAUGAUAAGAAGUAUGACGUGUACAUCUCGUACGCCCGGAACAGUGAAGAGGAAGAGUUUGUGCUGUCCACGUUGCGUCGAGUUCUGGAGACAGAAUUCGGUUACUCUGUUUGUAUAUUCGACCGGGACAGUCUCCCAGGAGGGACUAUAACAGAUGAUACACUGAGGUUUGUGAGUCAGAGUCGCAGGCUGGUGGUUGUUGUCAGUCCGUGUAGUGCCGUCCACGGGACGCAGGCCCUGCUUGAGCUGCAGGCCGGGUUAACCAGCAUGCUGCAUGGUGGCAGCCUCAGGGUGGUUCUGAUCCAGUUUAAACCAGUUCGGAGGCAGAGCUGGGUCAAAGAGCUGCGGCGCGCCCGGCUGGCACUGACGCUCAUACGCUGGCAGGGAGAGAAAUCGGUUCCGCUCUCCUCACGAUUCUGGAAACAACUACAACUGGAGCUGCCCAUGAGGAGCAACACACACCACACAGACACACACACACCACUGACAGAGAAUACACACAACACUGACACACAACUCACAGAUAUCAAACAGACAUGAACUCAAA